CUCCCCAUCCGAUGAAAAUCCCGGGUUGCAAUGUCGAACCUCCGCGUGCAAUCUGCCGUUGCCGCCGCGCUGGCUGGUGUUGAUACUACCUCCUUGCUGUGCCUCUCGCCGUAUAUACUACUUCCGCUCCGGAUUUUUCUGUUGCUCCAGCAGUCGCUCCUCAAAUCUCCAACCAUCCGCUCGACUUGUCGUCAGUACGCAUCCAGAGUCAAGCACGGCCGCAGCUUCAAUCAAAAUCUUAAGACCAAAUUUCUAUACCUUAGGAAUUCGAAUUCGACCGUCGUUUUUUAACAGCGCCAUUCAGGAAGAAUAUUCAACUGUUUAUCAACUUAUAUUGCGAUUAUUUCGUCAGCACUUUGGCUCUGUCAUAACUUCUAUUCAUCAGCGUGAUUUUCAGGACGACAUGAGUUCGCUAAUUCGUUUCUGUUGGUGCUGGACCCUUUUAGUGACGACGCUAGUGAGAUUAUCACCCGCCGCUCUUACCGCGACAGAUGGAGAGGAACCGGAGCCAGAGUUUAUUGACCAAAUAGGCAACGUGACGAUAGCUCAGGGAAGAGAUGCUAUCCUAUCUUGUUCCGUCGCCCACUUGAACGACUACACGGUUGGCUGGGUGAAGGUGGACACGAAAGCCAUUCAGGCAACUGGCAGGCGAGUGGUGACUCUAAAUACUCGCGUCUCGGUCGAGAAUAUUCCCGGCUCGCCCGUUUGGAAACUGAUCAUCAAGAGCGCCCAACCCGACGACGCUGGUUACUACAUGGCUCAAAUCAACACGGACCCGAUGAAGAGUCAAAUGGCUUAUUUAUCGGUUAUGGAACCGCCCAAUAUUGACGACGAGGCGACGCCGAGUAUCAGGCAAAUCCGAGAGAAUGAAUCGGUUGACCUCCAUUGUCAGGCCAGCGGCCAGCCCAUGCCGAACAUAACAUGGAAGCGAGAAGACGGCACAAACAUCAGUCAUGAUUCCUGCCGCCAUUUGAAUGAUAACAACAUUCAACAACAACAAAAAGAUCUGUCGCUAACCGGCUCACUCCCCAAGGGUUACGGCCGAUUUUGCAUCGCUUCGACCGGACGUUCCUCAAUGGGAACUUACCUUUGUAUCGCUUCCAAUGGAGUACUGCCGGCAGUCAGCAAACGUAUCCAGCUCGUCGUUUUAUUCCCGACUACCAUUCGGGCAGAAAAACCAUUAGUGGGAGCUCCCGCUGGAGUCAAUGGCGUAGGGCUGGAGUGUAUUGUUGAAGCCUCGCCCAUGACUCAUCACCUCUUCUGGUACAAAGGCAAUUACUCACUCGGUUCAACACAACGCUAUUCUUUGACGGUACAAAAGAUCAACAUCUACACUAUUAAGAUGACGUUGGCUAUUCUAAAUCUACGUGAGGAGGAUGCCGGUCUCUACCGGUGCCAAGCGGGAAAGAGCGAAGCAACAAUCCGCCUCUAUAUACACACUCCACUGACUACAACGACACAGUCAACAACUGUUGAAUGGACCAGCAUUGCAACUGAAACAGCGCCAUGGAAACAGAGGCCGGCCAGAACUAAUAGCCCCAGCAAUAAACUAUUUAGUCAAACUUCUAAUAUGGUCACGACGGAAGCUUAUAGGUCGGUGACACUCUAUCAACACACAUCCUCUGAUGAAGCUGAUGUUUUUACUAGCAGUAAAAAACCCGCACAAGACGUCAUUUACAAAAACCUAUCUUUUCAUAGAGGCCAAUCUAGUAGUUCACCAAAAUUGGCAAAAUUUAGUCUCGUUCAACUAUUACUGAUUCCUUCAAUCAUUACUAGUUUCACAGAGGUGAUUUGGUUCUUCUCGUGUAAUAGGUAAAAAUUUGAACAGCUCAUAGACACGGUUUAUAUUAUGUAGCCUAGUGAGAAAUAACUUCCCAGUUGCUGUAUGUAAAAAAAAAUAUACAAUAGUCGUUCCUGCGGCUCAUUCAAAAUGUUAA